AUGACCGUGACUUCGGUUGUCAGGGAUGCCGUAAUCGCAAAGAGGGGGUCCAAGACCAACGAGUCGAUCGUGAAGACAGGCCGUAUCCUUCUCUCAACCAUGGCUGAGUCCGACUUUGUCCUGCUGGAGUCAGAGGACGGCUUUACAUUCUCCGUGCCUCGAAAAGUCGCCUGUGCAAGCAACAUUCUGAAGUCUAUGCUGGACGAGGAGGCUGCCUUCUCAGAGUCAACGACUAAUUCUUGCAAGAUCCAGUACCGCGGAGUCAUCGUCCUCAAGAUCGUCGAGUACCUCGCGUACAAGGUUCAGUAUCAGGAUGUGAAUGCGGAGGAUAUCACAGAGGACUUCUCGGAGCGUAUAGAUCCAUACAUCGCUUUGGAACUCUUGACCGCUGCAGAUUUCCUCGAUACAUGA